UCAUUUCGCUGUCUAUACGCAGGCCUCGAACGUUGUUCAUCCACUUAAAACUGUCCAUAUCAGUGUUCCGCGUUAUCAACGUUUUUCAAGCUUUGUACAGAAUUGAACUUGCCCAGCUCUCCUUGCUUAUUCGUUGUCGACAUCUUUAUAAUUUACUGUCGAUCCCGAGUGUUUGCGAGUUCGAUACUCCCUUGCUGUACAUUGAUGGAUAACCUUGCCACGGAUCAGUGACGAGCGACGCAGUAUUUCAUCAGUUCUCCACGACUGUUUCGUUUAUCCGAUACAGCUCACGUUGGUGUCGGACCCUCGUUUGGAACAGACUGACUUGGCACAGUCCAAUAGCCAGGACACUCUGAGAAAUGACGGUUGACCUUUAUUACGUGCCGAUAAGUCCACCUGCUCGGAUGGUCAUGAUGCUCGCGAAAGCUCUCGGGGUCCAUCUCAAUCUCAAACCGAUUGACAUUUUCAAUGGUGAACAUAUGCAGCCCGAAUACCGCAAGAUAAACCCUCAGAAAACCAUACCAGCAUUGGAUGACAAUGGGUUCGUUCUUUCCGAAAGCCGAGCAAUAAUGGGUUACCUCGUGAACAAAUAUGCCAAGAACGACUCCUUGUAUCCCAAGAAUCCGCAAACAAAAGGGAUUGUGGAUCAAAGACUUUUUUUCGAUACCGAAAAAUUGUAUGGCAACAUUUUCAAAUGCUGGUUUCCAGUGGCUUUCAAGAUGGCAAGUACAGUGGACGAGAAAGACGUCCAAGCGGUUGAAAAAUCCUUCGAGAUACUAAAUGUUUUUCUCGAAAAUAACGAUCACGUUGCUGGCGAAAACUUGACUAUUGCCGACUUCAGCAUUCUCGUUAGUGUCAGCAUGGCCGAGAUUUUCGGCUUUGACGUUGCUCGCUACGACAAUGUCGCAGGUUGGUACGAACGUUGUAAAGAGGAGACGUCCAAAUAUGGCUACGAAGAAUUUAUCGAUGCGUCUUCACAGAUUGGUGAAUUUUAUCGUGCAAAUAUUGAAACUUCUAGGGCUAAGCCUUCCAAGAAAGUGAUACGAAAAUCAUUUCUUGAUGGGAACGGGGUCACGCUGAAGGAUCUUCGAAUCAAAAUGCCAAUUGACCUGUACCACGUUCCGGGGAGCAAGCCAUGCCGGGCAGUUCGACUGGCAGCCGCCGCCCUGGGUGUCGAUCUCAAUUUGAAGCACGUUGAUCUCAUGCACGGCGAACAUCUUAAGCCCGAAUUUCUCAAGCUCAAUCCACAGCACACUAUCCCCACCAUUGACGAUAAUGGAUUUCACUUAUGGGAAAGUCCAGCGAUUAUGGGCUAUCUGGUUGAGCAGUAUGGAAAAAACGAUUCUCUCUAUCCCAAGGACCCGAAACAACGAGCAGUUGUUAACCAAAGAUUGUAUUUUGACAUGGGAACGCUCUACUUAGCCUUCAGCGAAUAUUACUAUCCAAUGAUUUUUUCCGGAGCACCGAAAGAUCAGGCCAAGUAUGAUAAAAUCAGCCAAGUGUUUGGGUUCUUUGACAAGUUUCUUGAAGGAAAGGAUUACGCUGCUGGAAAUCAAUUAACUAUCGCUGACUUUGCUCUUAUCACGACCGUAUCUAACUUUGAGCUAAUGGAAUACGACUUCAGUCAAUAUGAAAAUGUUACGAAGUGGGCAUCCAAGAUCAAGGCUGAAACCGUCAAGUAUGAGGAAAUUAACGGGGCGGGUCUUCAAGCAUUUAAGGCAUUGAUUACCAUGUUAUCUAAGAAGUCAGUGUACAUCGAACCAGGUAUCUCCGCGCGUUACCUCCUUCGUCGCUUCUUUCUUCGAUAUCUACGUAUUUUCUUAAUUUACCUAACGAUGUCGUUAGACUUGUACUAUUAUCCAGCAAGUCCACCUUGUCGCGCAGUUAUGUUAACCGCCGAAGCAAUCGGUUUAACUCUUAACUACAAGUCUAUAAGCGUGAUGGCAGGUGAAAAUCACACUCCCGAGUACGAACAGUUAAACCCACAAAAAACUAUUCCGUUUUUAGUCGACGGUGAUUAUCGUUUGAAUGAGAGUCGAGCCAUUAUGGGGUAUUUGGUAGAUCAGUACGGUAACAACGAACGUCUGUAUCCGGCGAGUCCCGCGGCGCGGGCUCUUGUUAAUCAACGCCUCUUCUUUGACAUUGGCACAUUGUACAAGAAUAUUGCAACGUAUUAUUUCUCAGGAUUCUUUGGAUUGGAACUCAAAGAUGCCUCGACAAUUUAUGAAAAAAUGGAAGCUGCUUUUGAGAUACUGGACACAUAUUUGGACAAUCAGGAAUACGUCACUGGACGGAAUAUGACAAUAGCCGAUUUUUCAAUGAUAGUCUCGGUCACUACGGCUCAAGCCUUCGGAUUCGACGUAUCGCCGUACAAGAACGUUGAAGAAUGGGUUGAAAGGAUGAAAACUAGUGCGCCUGGCUAUAGAACAGCCAACGGUGAAGGGCUGGAAAUGCUAAAGAAAAUGAUAGACAGCAACGAAGAGACGGAGUAAUCAUGUUGACGGAACUUCGAGACGUGCGAAAAUCUGAUUAUGGAAGUCAUAGUUAUUUUAGAGAUGCCACAAUUGUAAAGCUUUUUGCAAAACUAUGUAAAUCUACUAAUUUUAUUUUUUUUAUUAAUUAACUACGUUACUUAAGAAUAAUUAUUUUGAAGUAUCUCGUUCUACGAUGUAUCACGAAAAAUAUAAAAUUAGUUCUAGAA